AUGGCUUUGAAUCGAAGAAAAGCAUCAAGUUCAAAAGCCAUGGCUGAUGCAGCAUCAUGGUUCUGUGCAUGUCUUCUCGUGACCCUCAUACUGCUGUGCUUAUUCAGUGACAGUUCUGCUCUUCGGGAGGAUGAUGAAGGGAAGCUGAGGGGUAAACAAGUGUUGUCGAAGCCUUGUGAUGAAAUCUAUGUGGUCGGAGAAGGAGAGACACUUCACACAAUCAGUGACAAAUGUGGUGACCCCUUCAUAGUGGAAAAAAACCCUCACAUCCAUGACCCUGAUGAUGUCUUCCCAGGCCUUGUUAUCAAGAUCACACCCUCACACAACAACUGA